AUGAGCUAUAGCACUGUGUGGAAAGAGAAACAAAGAGUCAUGAAGGAGCUGUUUGGUGACUGGGGCAAUACAUUCAGAAUGUUGUACAACUUUAGAGCCGAAUUGCAAUUGAGGUCACCUGGCAGUGUAUGUGAGAUAGACACCUAUGUACAAGAUGAUGGAAAGGUAUUCUUUUCUAGGUUCUUCAUGGCCAUGAAGCCUUGUCUAGAUGGUUUUAAAGCAGAGUGCCGUCCAUACUUGAGCAUAGACUCCACUGCAUUGAAUGAGAAAUGGAAUGGGCAGUUGGCUGCGGCCAUUGCUAUAGAUGGCAACAAUUGGAUGUUUCCAGUUGCCAUGGGCUUGUUUCAGUCUGAGACAGAGGCUAAUUGGACUUGGUUCAUGACUCAGUUGUAUAUCUCACUAGGACAUAUGAAUCCUUUGGCAAUAUGCACUGAUGCUUCUAAAGGUCUUGAGAAUGCAGUGAAAACUGUGUUUCCACAUGCAAAGCGGAGGGAGUGCUUCGUCCAUUUGUGGUUCAAUUUGGUUAAAAUGUUUCAGGGAAAAGUGUUUGGAAGAAUGUGGCCAGCAGCAAGAGCCUAUAGGCAGGACACUUUCAAGUACCAUAUGGAUAAGAUGUUGUCAGUCUCUAAGGGGGGUUGUCCUGAAUUUCGUGUAUAUCUGAAGACCUACCGUUCUUUGUUGCGGUACAGAAGUGUCUUCAAUACAGAUAUCAAAGUUGAUCAUAUCAACAACCACUUGGCAGAAAGUUUUAAGAGUUGGAUAAGAGAUCUGAAGGACCUGCCUGUUCAUGAGUUAGUUGACAACAUCAGGACAAGAAUAAUAAAUCUUUUCAAUAUCAGCAGACAAAUAGGUGAUAAAUUGCAUCAUUACAAGCUACCAACAGUCGUUCAACAGCUUGUAUGCAAGAGUAGAGGACUUGGACACUACCAUGUUGUGAAUGCCUCAACUAACUAG